CGGCGCCGCCGGGGGGAAGGCGGGCGGGCAGGGAGGGGCCGGGGCCGGAGGAGGAGCUCUGCCCGCCCGCUGCUCUUAAGCGCCGUGACCGGCGCUGCCCCGCGCUCGGCCGGGCCAUGGAGGUGGCGCGGGAUUGCGUGGGAUCGCUGCUGCGGUCUUUCAUAUCCAUGGGAGCAUCUGUAGGAGCAGUAACAAAACAGACCCUGUUCCCUCCUCUCAUGCCUGCAGGGCGCCCUUUCCGUGUGUCCAAUGCCUCCCGAAGCAGCCGCAAGGGAAUUGUUGCAAGCAGCCUGCAAGAGCUCCUCAGCAAGACUUUGGAUGCCUUUGUUAUAACUGCUGGAAUAGUUACUCUGGUUUUGGAGGAAGAUGGCACAGUUGUGGACACAGAAGAGUUCUUCAAGUCCCUGGAUGAUAAUACACACUUCAUGGUUCUAGAAAAUGGACAGAAAUGGACACCAACAAAAAAUGGAGUUGUUGCUGUGAGAAAAAAGAAGAAAAUGGGAGUCGCUAACAUCACAUUUGAUCUGUACAAACUGAACCCUAAGGAUUUUAUUGGCUGCUUAAACAUCAAGGCAACCUUCUAUGAGAUCUACUCUAUCUCAUAUGACAUCAAAUGCAUGGGAGCAAAAAGUGUAUUGCGGAAAGUGCUUCAGCUAAUAUCCCAUGCAGCACAAAUAACUGGACAGUUUCUGCUCUAUACUGGAACGUACAUGUUGCAGGUGAUGGGUGAAUAUGAUGAGGAAGACAUGUGCACGAGGUCCAGGCGGGAGUAGUGGCCACAGCUGUGCUUCUGAUCUCCAGUCCUUUUGCUCACA